AUGAAGCGCUCUUUUCGAGAGGCAUUUCGGGGCUCUAUUUCUGAGGGUCAAAGUGCAAAGAAAUUCCUUGAGGAAAUUGAGCAAUACUUUGCCAAAAAUGAAAAAGCAGAGACGAAUAACAUUUUGGCUAAACUCAUCUCCAUGAAGUAUAAAGGCAAAGGGAACAUAAGGGAGUACAUUAUGGAGAUGUCCAAUCUCGCAUCCAAACUCAAGUCACUUAAGUUAGAGCCUGGUGAAGACUUGCUCGUGCACUUGGUUUUGAUCUUUCUUCUUGCACACUUUGGGCAAUUCAAAGUGAGCUAUAACACUCAGAAGGACAAAUGGUCCCUCAAUGAGCUUAUAUCUCGCUGUGUGCAAGAGGAGGAGAGGCUGCAGAGAGAUAGGACUGAAAGUGGUUAUUUAACUUUGACCUCUCAGAAUAAGAAAAGGAAGGAGACUAAGGGUGCUAUGGAAGGGACUUCUCAGCAAAAGAAACAAAAGAAGAAUGAGGAAUUUACCUGUUACUUCUGCAAGAAGUCGGGACACAUGAAGAAAAAGUGUCCUAAGUAUGUCGCAUGGCGUGUGAAGAAAGAGGAUGAUCCAAUCAACUUCUGUCAAGCUAUACCCAGUUCUAACUCUCAAAAAUGGAUUGAUGCCAUGAAGGAUGAGAUGAAGUCUAUGAAAGACAAUGAAGUUUGGGAUCUAGUCGAAUUGCUUGAAGGUGUCAAACCUAUUGGUUCUAAAUGGAUAUUUAAAACCAAGAAGGAUUCAAAGGUUAAUAUCGAGAGAUAUAACGCUUGUCUAGUUGCUAAAGGCUUUACUCAGAAGGAAGACAUUGACUAUAAAGAAACCUUUUCUCCAGUAUCUUCAAAGGGUUCUUUUAGAACUAUAAUGGCAUUGGUAGCUCAUUUUGACUUAGAGAUACAUCAGAUGGAUGUCAAGACCGCAUUUCUAAAUGGUGACAUUGAAGAAACGAUUUAUAUGGUGCAACCAGAAAACUUUGUGUUAGGUGACUCAAAGUCCAUGGUGUUGAAUAAUGGUCAUUAUGAUGGCUACCACCACAGAAAUCACAUCUCAAAAUUUGUUGAACUUGGUGAGCUUGAUGUGUUUUUUGUGGUCCACCUUGGUGAUAUUGCUGAGGAAGUUGGCCUAUCUGCUUUGUUAAGGCCUCAAUUUGUUGCAUCAAGAAGGAGGAAGCUCGAUCUCCUUGAGGAAAGAUUGAGGGCUGUGGAAGGAUUUGGGGAUUAUCCGUUUGCAGACAUGACGGAUCUUUGCUUAGUACCCGAUGUUGUUAUUCCCCCGAAGUUCAAAGUGCCGGACUUCGACAAGUAUAAAGGGACGACUUGUCCCAAAAACCAUCUCAAGAUGUACUGCCGGAAGAUGGGCGCUCAUUCUAAAGAUGAAAAGCUGUUGAUACACUUCUUUCAGGAUAGCUUGGCCGGAGCUGCGGUAGUGUGGUACACUAAUUUGGAAGCUUCCCGUAUCCGUACUUGGAAGGAUCUGAUUACCGCCUUCCUAAGGCAGUAUCAGUACAAUUCUGAUAUGGCUCCUGACCGUACUCAACUGCAGAAUAUGUUUAAGAAAGAGGGUGAAACCUUUAAAGAAUAUGCGCAGCGAUGGAGGGAUUUGGCGGCACAAGUAGCUCCUCCCAUGGUUGAGAGAGAGAUGAUCACCAUGAUGGUAGACACUCUGCCAGUGUUCUACUAUGAGAAGCUAGUGGGUUACAUGCCGUCCAGCUUUGCGGAUCUGGUGUUUGCCGGGGAAAGAAUCGAGGUUGGAUUGAAGAGACUUCGGAUAAUUCAGCAGAGCGAAUUCAAGGUUAUCGAACAGCUCAACAAAACCCCGGCUAGGGUCUCGCUGUUGGAGUUACUUAUGAGCUCCGAGCCUCAUCGGGCUCUGCUAGUAAAAGUGCUGAACGAGGCUCACGUGGCCCAAGAUAUUUCGGUAGAAGGUUUCGGAGGGCUGGUCAACAAUAUCACUGCCAACAACUAUCUUGCCUUCGCCGAAGAAGAAAUCCCCGCCGAGGGGAGAGGGCAUAAUAAGGCUUUACACGUAUCAGUCAAGUGUAUGGACCAUAUCGUAGCCAAGGUACUCAUUGAUAAUGGUUCCAGUUUAAACGUGACGCCUAAGAGCACUUUGGACAAGCUACCAUUCAAUGCUUCCCACUUAAAACCAAGUUCAAUGGUGGUUCGGGCCUUCGACGGCACUCGCCGAGAGGUUAGGGGAGAGAUCGAUCUCCCAGUACAAAUAGGCCCUCACACCUGUCAAGUCACCUUCCAAAUAAUGGAUAUUAACCCCCCCUACAGCUGCCUGUUGGGGCGCCCGUGGAUCCACUCAGUGGGAGUCGUGCCGUCUACGCUCCACCAAAAGCUGAAAUUCGUAGUGGAGGGGCACUUGGUCAUCGUGUCAGGCGAGGAAGAUAUCUUGGUAAGCUGCCCAUCCUCCAUGCCUUAUGUGGAAGCCGCAGAAGAAUCGUUAGAAACCACUUUCCAGUCUUUUGAGGUGGUAGAAGAUGAAGGAGAUGAGGAUGGGGGACUUCCUUUGGAACUAGAAAGAAUGGUCGCCCAUGAGGACCAAGAAAUGGGGCCUCAUCAAGAAGAAACAGAGCUAGUAGACUUAGGAAUUGGCAGUGGAAAGAGGGAAGUAAAGAUAGGUACAGGCAUUACCGCACCUAUCCGUGAAGAAUUAAUAAUCCUGCUAAAAGACUACCAAGACAUCUUUGCUUGGUCAUACCAAGAUAUGCCCGGUUUGAGUUCUGACAUUGUGCAGCACCGAUUACCUCUAAAUCCCGGGUGUUCCCCAGUAAAACAGAAAUUGAGGAGGAUGAAGCCCGAAACAUCCUUGAAGAUAAAAGAAGAAGUGAAGAAGCAAUUUGACGCUGGAUUUCUGGCCGUCGCUCGGUAUCCAGAAUGGGUUGCCAACAUCGUACCAGUUCCUAAAAAAGAUGGGAAAGUACGAAUGUGUGUAGAUUACCGAGACCUGAAUCAGGCCAGUCCCAAGGACAAUUUUCCGUUACCACACAUCGAUAUCCUCGUAGAUAACACGGCCAAUUUCGCUUUAUUUUCCUUCAUGGACGGUUUCUCUGGUUACAAUCAGAUAAAGAUGGCGCCCGAGGAUAUGGAAAAGACUACUUUUGUCACCCUGUGGGGAACGUUCUGUUACAAGGUGAUGUCCUUUGGACUCAAGAAUGCCGGGGCAACUUAUCAACGGGCCAUGGUAGCUUUGUUCCAUGAUAUGAUGCAUCAAGAGAUCGAGGUCUACGUGGACGACAUAAUUGCUAAAUCUAAAUCUGAGGAAGAACACCUUGUCAACCUGCGGAAGUUGUUCGAAAGGCUUAAGAAAUAUCAAUUAAGGUUGAACCCCGCUAAGUGUACCUUUGGGGUCAAAUCAGGGAAAUUGCUUGGUUUCGUUGUAAGCCAGAAAGGGAUAGAGGUAGACCCCGAAAAAGUGAAGGCUAUCCUUGAGAUGCCGGAACCCCGUACAGAGAGGCAAGUCCGAGGUUUCCUGGGGCGCUUGAAUUAUAUUGCCAGAUUCAUAUCGCAGCUCACCGCCAUUUGUGAGCCGUUGUUUAAACUCUUGCGCAAAAACCAAACUGAUCGGUGGAAUGAGGAUUGCCAAGAGGCUUUUGGAAGGAUCAAAAAGUGCCUAAUGAAUCCUCCCGUGCUUAUGCCACCAGUACCUGGAAGGCCUCUCAUUUUGUACAUGACAAUCUUGGACGAAUCAAUGGGGUGUAUGCUGGGGCAACAUGACGAAUCCGGGAAGAAAGAGCGCGCUGUUUACUACCUAAGUAAGAAGUUCACGACCUGUGAGAUGAAUUACUCCUUGCUCGAAAGAACGUGUUGUGCUUUAGUAUGGGCGUCCCAUCGCUUAAGGCAGUACAUGCUGAGCCAUACUACCUGGUUGAUAUCCAAAAUGGACCCGGUCAAGUACAUCUUUGAAAAGCCAGCCCUCACAGGACGAAUCGCCCGGUGGCAAGUCUUGCUAUCUGAGUUUGAUAUAGUCUACGUCACCCAAAAGGCGAUAAAAGGAAGCGCUUUGGCAGAUUAUUUGGCUCAACAGCCUCUUAACGACUACCAGCCCAUGCAUCCGGAAUUCCCGGAUGAGGACAUCAUGGCCUUGUUCGAGGAAAAGUUGGACGAAGAUCGGGACAAAUGGACCGUAUGGUUUGACGGAGCGUCAAACAUUCUAGGUCAUGGCGUUGGGGCAGUGUUGGUCUCUCCGGACAAUCAAUGCGUACCUUUCACAGCCAGGCUAGGAUUCGACUGCACCAACAACAUGGCCGAAUAUGAAGCAUGUGCCCUAGCCGUCCAGGCAGCAAUUGACUCCGAUGUCAAACUACUCAAGGUGUAUGGCGACUCAGCGUUGGUAAUCCAUCAGCUGAGAGGGGAAUGGGAAACUAGAGAUCCCAAGCUGAUACCCUACAAAGCCUACAUCAAGGAAUUGGCUAAGACUUUCGAUGAGAUCUCCUUCCAUCAUGUUCCCCGCGAGGAAAAUCAAAUGGCGGAUGCACUUGCUACGUUGGCA